GCUUUGACGCAGUUGUUUUUGAAACAGCGACCGAGCAGCUGAGCAGCACUGCGGUGGUCUGCGGCUCUGCUCCGUCUCUCCUUUCUCUCUCCGGUUCCCUCGACGGCUCCGGUUCUCUGAUUCCCGUCUUCUGUCGCUCCUCUCCAGGGUCCCAGCAGGAGUCUGGCCGCUCCAUGAACCCGCCGCUGCGGCCACAGCAUCGGAGUCGGGGUUGCCCUUGACUCGGUGGAGGAGUUCGGAGGAGGGGGGUCGAUCAUGCAGAGCGGAGGACAUUGUGACUGAGAUCCGUCAGGAUGCGGAUCUUCCUUCCAUCCCUGCCGGCCUCGGAGCCUCAUCGUCCUGAGAAGCAUCUGCGGACAGCCGCGGCCCCGGAGCUCCGCCGGGCGAGCUGAGGAGGCCUGAGGUCUCCUCCUCCGGAUUAGAUGGUGGCAGAAGGCAAGUGUGCAUGACAAGAUAAACAAACCUGGAGACUGUCCUGCCUGCUGCAGAUAAGCAGAGCUGAGGUCCACUCUCUAUUGGCUGUCAUUGUUGUUUAUUUGGGGUUUUGGGGCUCCGCAGACUGUUUGUGGGAGUAGAUGCUCAUUUAAUAAUGGAUGUGAUGUUCAGCAGCCCCUGAACUGUACAUGUAGGCUUGGACCAGCUUAUUUUUCUAACCCUAAAGAGACUGAAAACGAUGGCCGACCACGAGGAUGUGGAGCUGUCUGAGUCCCUGCAGAAGGAGGACAGGUUCUCCAGCGAGCUGGAGGAACCUGGUACCAACUUCAAGUCUAAAAGUUUGCCUAUUUUAAACGAAGAGGCGCCUCAAGAGAAAACCUUGCUGGCUAGCUCAGGACGGAUGUCCACAACAGCAGAAGAAAGCGCAGAGUUCAUCCAGCUGCCAGCCAAGACCGAGUCCUUCCAGGCCGAGUCUCCGACCAGAACCAACUAUCUGCCCAAGCCGGGGAAGUCGGCGCUGAACCGGCCCAGUUCGUACAUGGAGAACACGGAGAUCCGCAGGAGUAAAACCACGGUGAGGAGGAAGCCCCCGGGGUUCUUUGCUGCCAGGUUGGCUCAGAUCCGUCUGCCCAGCAGGAAGCACCUCGGCGUGAUCCUGCAGGACUCCCGCUGCUUCCUGUUCUGCAUGUGCUACCUGACCUUCAUCCAGUCGCUCAUGGUGUCCGGCUACCUCAGCAGCGUCAUCACUACCAUCGAGAAGAGGUACAGCCUCAGGAGCUCUGAGUCGGGCCUCCUGGUCAGCUGCUUCGACAUCGGAAGCCUCCUGGUGGUGGUCUUCAUCAGUUACUUCGGUGGGCGGGGCCAGAGGCCUCGCUGGCUGGCGGUAGGUGGGAUCUUCAUUGCUGUGGGUGCCGCCCUCUUCUCCUUACCUCACUUCAUCUCACCGCCAUACCAGAUCCAGGAGGUCAACUCGUCCUCGGCCAACGAGGGCCUGUGCAUGAACAGCAACGCCAGCGGCAGGGACCGCGUCGACAUCACUUCCUGUCCCAGAGACCAGGAGGGCAACGAGCACAACCUGUACGUGGCGCUGUUCGUCAUCGCUCAGAUCCUGGUGGGGAUGGGCUCCACGCCCAUCUACACACUGGGACCCACCUACCUGGACGACAAUGUCAAGAAGGAGAACGCCUCGCUGUACCUCGCCAUCAUGUAUGUGAUGGGAGCUCUGGGACCGGCGGCCGGAUACCUACUGGGAGGCGUCCUCAUCGGAUUCUACGUCGACCCGAAGACGGCCGUCAACAUCGACCAGAGCGACCCUCGCUUCAUCGGAAACUGGUGGAGCGGCUUCCUGCUGUGUGCCGUCGCCAUGCUGCUCGUCAUCUUCCCUAUGUUCACCUUCCCCAAGAAGCUGCCGCCCCGACACAAGAAGAAGAAGAGGAGGAAAAAGCUGAGCCUGGACGACCUGUCCAGCGACGACGACGUCCUGAAGGAGAAGAGCAACAACAAGAACCAGACGGUCACCUCGUCCAUGGGCUUCGGCAAAGACAUCAAAGACCUGCCCAAAGCCGCCGUGAGGAUCCUGAGUAACGUGACCUUCCUGUUCGUCAGCCUGUCCUACACGGCCGAGAGCGCCAUCGUCACCGCCUUCAUCACCUUCAUCCCCAAAUUCAUCGAGUCUCAGUUCGGCAUCCCGGCCUCCAACGCCAGCAUCUACACCGGUGUGAUCAUCGUUCCCAGCGCCGGCGUCGGCAUCGUCCUCGGCGGCUACAUCAUCAAGAAGCUGAAGCUCGGAGCUCGCGAGUCGGCCAAGCUGGCCAUGAUCUGCAGCGGCGUGUCGCUGCUCUGCUUCUCCACGCUGUUCAUCGUCGGCUGCGAGAGCAUCAACCUGGGAGGAAUCAACAUCCCCUACACCACCGGACCAACACUCACCAUGACUCAGAGGAACCUGACCGGAGGCUGUAACGUGAACUGUGGCUGUAAAAUCCAUGAGUACGCUCCGGUCUGCGGCUCCGACGGCAUCACCUACUUCAACCCCUGCCUGGCCGGCUGCAGCAGUGUGGCCAACGACAGCACCGGGGUGAGGAACUACUCGGACUGCGCCUGCGUCCAGAGCCGGCAGGUGAUCACGCCGUCGUCGGGUGGUCAGGGUGGAAACCAGCUGCAGCUCGUCAUCGUGAAGACGUACCUGAACGAGAACGGAUACGCCGUGUCGGGGAAAUGCGACCGCACCUGCAGCACCCUCAUCCCCUUCCUCAUCUUCCUCUUCAUCGUCACCCUCAUUACGGCCUGCGCUCAGCCCUCCGCCAUCAUCGUCACGCUCAGGUCUGUAGCAGAGCAGGAGAGGCCGUUCGCUCUGGGGAUGCAGUUCGUUCUGCUCAGGACUCUCGCUUACAUCCCGACUCCUAUCUACUUCGGCGCCGUCAUCGACACCACCUGUAUGCUGUGGCAGCAGGACUGCGGCGUCCACGGCUCGUGUUGGGAAUACGACGUCACCUCGCUGCGCUUCGUCUACUUCGGCCUCGCCGCCAGCCUCAAGUUCCUCGGCUUCUUCUUCAUUUUCCUCACCUGGUACUCCAUCAAGUACAAGGAGGAGCGGGUGGAGCGUUGGCUGAAGCGCCACCUGUCGCCCGUCGACACCGUGGGCAGCCUGGUCUGCCACCCUGGCGGCCACAAGGGCCACGCCCGGACCCGGUCCUGCCCGGUCAACAUCCCCCGCAGCGACCCCAACGCUCCGCCCGCCAACGCUCCACCGCGAGCCGGCACCCUGAACCGCGGCGUCAGCACCCAGAGUUGCCCCGGCAACGAGCUGAAAGCAAUAACUCCUCCCCCUCCACCUCCUGCGGUGGCUUCGCCUGCACCGGCCCGAUCGCUGGAACAAGUUUCAGUUCGAGUCUGAGCUCCAGAUUCAUCUGGAGAUCCGGUCGGUUGGAGGCGACCUGGAGGUUCCUCUGAUGAACCACCCACUGGUUCUGCUCAGAACCUUUUCUGAUCUUCUGCUUGGGUGGUGGAAACAUUGAGGCGAGUUCAGUUUGUGCAGACGAAGGCUCGGCUUCAUCCUCAUCAACCCUCAGCUCCUCCCACCACGGCAACAUGUGCCUUCUGCCACCAUGGUCCUCACAUGUCCAGUAAAACACAGCCAACCCCAACAGAUACCUCAGCUCCAUCCUCACGUCUGCUUCUUCCUCUGUAUUUCCUCACCGAGCGCUUUCUGUUCUCUGGACAUGGCAUAUCUCAGAAAAGAAAAAACCUCCCCAUGGAAAUGUGACACACUGUUCAGUGUUCCAAACUGGAAACCGAUGGCAUGGUGCUACGUGAAAAACUCUGUUCGGCGUCCAUUUUUUGUUCUUUUUUGUCAUUUUUUUAGGGUUUAAAACACUUGAAAAGAACCGAGCUGGACAACAGGUCACCAGGAUGGAUUCCUGCUACACAACCACUCAUAGUUUCACUGCUGAAAGUCGGAUUGUUUGGCUUCUCUGCAUUAAAUGCAUCCAGACUUCUGGAUCACGAAACAUUAGAACUGAACACGUAGGAAGACGAGUCGAACGUCAGCGUUUCUGGACCGAAGCUUGUUGGUUAAAAGUUCAACUGCAGACUUUUGUCCGUGAAAGAAAAAGAUGCAGUUUGUGAGUUAAGGUUUGGAAAACUGCAACGAAGAAACAGGUCCAGGUCCUGAAACAUCUCCAGAUCACUGUCGAACUGCAGCUAAUGAUUGUUUUCUUUGUAAAUCUACUGAUUCUUCUUCACGCCGAGUCUUCAGCCGUGUUUCUGUUUUAGUUUUUAUCACAACAGUGAGAAUAAACGUCUCCAGUUUGGCAGCGAAGCUUUUCAGGUUCGAGAUGUUUGUUUUUUUUUAACAAAUUCAAGCAAAGAGCAUUAAAUGCCGCCACCUGCUGCUGUGAAAGAGGAAAUGCAACAAAUCCUCUUUCAGUUUUUAUCUCGUAGAUGGAUAAAGGUUUGUUUCUGCUUCUGAGAGUUUUUUUAGCAGAUAGCAAACAGCCACAUAAUCUGCAGCGCCACCUUCUGACAGUUAGACGGAAACACGGCUGAUAAGGUCAAAAACUGUGAACGCCACACUUUUGUCCCGAAAUCCCAUCUUCUGAUCCCAUUCUGUUCAACUCGAAAUUCCAAAACCCAAAGAUAUUCAGGUUUUAGUCCUAUAUACACAUGUAUGAAUUUAAAUAUGUAUUCAAAAAAGAGAAAAAAAGCAGCGAAUCCUCCCAGAGAGAAGCUGGAACUGUUCAGUGUUUAGUGUUUUUACUUGAUUCAGUUGAUUCUCAGAGAUGUUGUUGAUUAAAGUCAGUUGACUAAUCGUUUAGCUCUAGAUCGCUCCACGCUCACCUUGUUCUGCCGGUUUCUAACGUAGUUCCUGUUCACAAUCAUUUUCACCGAAGUUCUUCAACCAACGAAUCAUGACGCUGGGAAUUAACCGACGCGUCGUCGGGUGAUUUUUAGUGCUUUUGGGAUUUAAAAAGUCGUUUUCUUGAAAAAACAAAAAGCAAAAAAAUCUGCCAGCGAGUUGAAUUUAUGUGAUUAUGGUUUUUUUUUUGUUUGUUUGUUUUUUAAUAGUAUAAUCACAUGGUCUUCAUCCAUCCAUUAGACUCUUCCAGUCUUUUCUCAGAAGCAAGUGAACAUUUAGUAGCCGAACUGGAGCUUUCCAUUAUUUCACAUGAUCUUCAUCUGCAGAGAAAACAGGUUUAAACUCGUCUAGAGCCAUGAUAAUUUCAAACUUUAUCAGCGAAUGAAGUUCAAAAAGCUCCACAGCAGCCGCUAAAAGGACCUUUUCUGCAAAUGAGCCUCAAAAUGACAACAAAAAGCAGCUUUAAAAACCAGACAAUUCAUGAAAACGAGUGGAUUUGUUGAAAUGUUGUUGACGCGGUGGCAGAUUUUGAUGCUUUUUUCUUUUUUUUUUAAAUGAGACUUUUAGGACUCGACAGAAAUCACUUAAUCAGAAGAAAAAACUAAAUCUCCUAAUCAGACAUCAAUAUUCAACCAUUUAAAGCUUAAAUUAGUUAGAAGGUAAAAUAGUGAAAAUGUUGUUUUCAGCAGCCAAGUGGAAGCAAAUAAACCCUGUAAUAAACCAGAGGUGCUGAUAUUUAACUUCUCUUUGGGUCUGUGUGGUUUGAAUUUCUCUCUUUGAAAUAUAGAAAAUGAAGGAAGGCUUAUUUCUCUGUAUAAUAAUUAUAAUAAUAAUAGAAAUACUGAAUUUAUAGGUGUAAAAAUUAAGUUUUUUUGUGAAAUUAGACCAAUAAUGAACAAAUUCCAACUAAUAAGAUUGUAAACAUGUAAAUAAGGAGAUAAAAUAGACACAUAAAGAUGUUUUUAAACCAUCAAAAAGGAGAAUUCAAACCACAGAAAAGCAGCUUUUCUCAGUUAAACAUGUCCGAGUCGUCAAUAAAAUCAGGGAGGAUUUGCUUCUGCUGUGGUUCAGAUGAAACUUUAGAAAACAACGUGUUUUUUUCGGAACCUAAAUGCGUUAUUUGGUGCAGAGCAGCGUCAUGUUAGACGCCUGCUGGACAAACCUGGAACUGCAGGAAUGAAACUCAUCAGAACGGUUUGUGUCUCGUCAUCGUGGCAUUUUUACUUUCGGAGACAAUUCUUCAAACCGAAGCCGCAACGAACGAAUAAAAGUCUCGUCCUGAAACACAAGUUAACGUCCUAAAGAGAGAAAAUUCGGUUUAUCAUCGUGUCGAUUUGUUCAGAUGCACAGAAGCAAAGUACAUUUUUAACCUGUUUUUAAGAAAAGCUGCAAACAGACCUGGAAGUAUUUAGCAUCUUUAGCAGCUAAGAAACAGUUUAAGAACAUCAAUAUGCUGCAGAAAUAAUCAUGUUUGAAUCGUUACAACUUUAUUAUCUGGUAAUCCAGUGAAGGAGCUUUAGCUGUUUGUAAAUCCUUUCAUUGAUUCUUUAAUUAAAUAUUACACUGCCUGCAGUUUAGGCAAAAAUUGUCCAAAAUGACCCAAAAUUGUCAGAAAUGACUCAAAAUUGUAAGAAAUGUGUGUUAAAGUUUGAUCCACGUUUGUUUAUCGACAUGAAAACAGGUCAAAUGUGGAUAAAGUCAGAAAGCUCAGCUCAGUUCUGGUGUUUUUAUCGACGACCUGAAACCAAACAUCAAACGCUAAGUGAUGCAGGAUCUUUGUACCAACACGACGUCUGUUUACUGAUUUACCCUCAGAAAUAAAGGAAGAUUUAAUUAAAAGCUAAUUAUUUCCAGCAGAACAGCAACUCCAAGGACGGAACACUUUGUUUAGUUUAGUUCUGAGCUCAGAAUCAUUCAGUUUCAGUAUUUUGGUCGUAGUUUGAGUCUUUAACGAGGAAAACGUCCCCGAUUUAGUCCUGCAGCUGUUUCAGUUUCUUUUUACUGUUUCCAUGUUGUUUCAUGUCGUGAUGUGGUUUCAUUUCCAGACUCAACGAGCUCCUUCAGGCACGUUGCCUCCUCCUCCUCCUCGUUUUCUCUCAGUAUUGUAUUUAUUUCAGACCAACAGUUUCUGACUGACUGCUGACAGGCAACAUGUAGAUUUGUGGACUCACUGUUUACAGAUGCCUUCUAUACUUGACUUGUGUCAAUAAAAAUGUGAAAAAACAAUAAAACAGUAUUACAGAA